AUGGCGACGAAGGAAAAGAUUUCUCAAGUUGCACGUCUGUACAAAGAUCAUUCCAGCGUGCAAUACGAGAUUGGCCAAGACCUUAUAGCAUCUCACAUGCGACCUUUUCCAGGCCAAACCGUCUUGGACUUGGGCUGUGGCACGGGGAGUUUGGCAAGAAACAUCGGAAGCGCUGUGGCAAAGCAAGGACGCGUACUGGGCGUCGACCCCAACACUGAGAGGAUAGCUGUUGCUAGGGAGGAAGAGCGACAUUGUUCCGAAUCUCAUCAACGUAACGUGAAGUUCAUGACUGGUCUUGUUCAUGAUGCCGUGCAACAUGGACCGUUUGAUGCCGUCUUCUCCAAUUUUGCACUUCACUGGGUACCUGAAGACGACACGGAUGCCAGUGUGUCGAGUAUCGUCAAAUGCCUGAAACCUGGAGGUCGUCUCUGCGCUACUUUGACACGUGGCACAGGAGGCUACGCAAACCAGCUCUCUCUUUUUGUCAAUGGAAGAUCUGAAGAAUCCGCUACUGGUAUGCACCUGCGGCCGCUUAACUACUGGACGAGCAAAUUGAAACAAGCUGGUCUGUGCAUUGAGCACGCGGAGCAAGAAGAGGACACCACGGGGAAAUUCCCUAGCAUUCGCAGCUAUUUCGAGUUUGUCAAAGCCUACACAGAAGCUGCGAUUGAUUACGAGAGCGUCAAUGCAGACGACCUAGCCGAUUUCAUCAGCAAUCAAGGACUGGGCUCCUUGGACUCGCCUUUUGUCUGUGUUGCUACCAUCUUGACAAUCAUUGCGUCAAAGCCGUCAUUGGAGCACUGA